GUUCUUGUUCCGUCCGAGUGGUCUGCUCGUCCCCUUCCGUUGGUUGCUUGAAGCUCGCGAGGAGAGCGUUGUGGUCUUAUGUUCCUUUCUCGCGCGCUCUGGCUGUGGUUCGUGGAGACGUCGCAAUCUACUUGCCCCAGCAGAUGCAUUUGAUCGAAGGUGAAGGAGUGGCAAAAUGAGGCUGGAUAUACUGUCACGCAGUGGUAGAGAAGUUGUGAAAGGUGGCGUUGAACUCCAAGAUGAUGCUACAGUGGACGACCUUAAGAAGGAAAUUUACAAGUCAGUCCGGAAGUUCUAUCCAGCCAGACAACGUCUCACCUUGCCUCUUGAGAGCGGCCAAGUACGACCUACUGUGUUGGAGUCAGGCAAGAAGCUGAAAGAGUAUAUUGAAGGGAAUCAUGCAAAGGUGUUGUUCAAGGACUUGGGUCCUCAAGUUGGAUAUAGUACUCUGUUUUUCUUUGAGUACAUAGGACCACUUCUCUUGUACCCAAUCUUCUAUUUCUACCCUGCCAUCUACACCUACUUCGGCCUGCCACUUCGUAAAGAAGUCCAUCAAGCACAGACUUGGGCCCUCUAUGCCUGGUCAUUCCACUACUCAAAGCGAAUCUUGGAAACCUUCUUCGUGCACAGAUUUAGCCACGCAACAUCUCCCAUCAGCAAUGUCUACCGUAACUGUGCUUAUUACUGGAGCUUUGGCGCCUUCAUCGCCUACUUCGUGAACCACCCACUUUAUACUCCAGUCGGUGAGAAGCAAGUUAUGUUUGGCUUUGCUUUGUCAGUUGUUGCUCAAAUGGCGAAUUUUUACACACACAUAAUCUUGAAAAAUUUGCGAGCCCCGGAUGGCAAGGGUGGAUACCAGAUUCCGAAGGGAUUCCUUUUCAAUUACAUUACAUGUGCGAAUUACACGACGGAGAUUUAUCAGUGGAUUGGGUUCAACAUCGCUACACAGACUGUGGCGGGUUACUCGUUUUUGGCAAUUGCCGGUCUUAUCAUGACAAUGUGGGCUCUCGGCAAGCACAAACGACUGAGGAGGACCUUUGACGGAAAGGAAGGUCGUGCCAAAUAUCCGAGACGAUGGGUCAUCUUUCCUCCUUUCUUGUGAAUCAGAAUUUAUGAUUAGGACUUUAGAAUAGUUUCUCGUCAAAAGGUAGACCUUCAGUAACCUGUAGGAAAUCUCCAGUCAUGUAUUCAGUCCUGUUUCUGCACUUGGACGUGUUGCAGUUAAUAUGCAAAAGAAAAAGUGUCUACCCUUUUCGG